ACUCGCUGCCUCCCCGAGCCUCUGAGGACCGGCCCCUGUACUUUGGGGGGCCACGGAAGCUCCCGCUUGUCCCCAGGCUGCACCGACCCAGCCGAGGGCAGGAUGAGCUUCUCGCUCACAUUCAAGGAGCUGGUCAACAUCGCCAUCCCGCAGUGCGGGGUGGUCAACUUCAAGGCGCUGCACCUGCUGCUGCAGGGCAUGCUGGAGCACAUCCACAUGGACGGCCUCAAGAAGGUCCUCUCGGGGGACGAGGACUUCCUCCAGACCUCGCCGGCCAUGACGGUGCCCAGGGAGGGGGACGCCCAGCCCAUCCUCACCCCCAUGAAGAGGCUCAGCAAUGUCUUUGACCACGUGGUGAGCCGCGUGGACAGGAUAGAGAACCAGCUGGCCAUGCUGCAGGAACUGCCCACCACCUCCCAGCUGCUGGAGGCCAGCCAGGGGACCGGCCGGCCCGCCCAGGACCUGUGGAACCUCAUCAAGGUCCGGAAGAUGGUGGAGGGCGUUGAGGAAGCCACGGCAAAGUCGAUGCAGACCCUGCAGGAUUUGCUCACCGAUCUCCACAUACUCCAGGUUGGCGCCGAGACCCUCAGGAAGGAUGUGGACAGGCUGAAGGAUUUGUAUGAAAAGAUACAUCCGGAAAGAAUAGACAUCUUCACCGAUGACUUGAGAGCACAGAACAGGAAGGUGAACCUGCUGCAGCGAGACAUGAUUUCUCUCCAGAACAAGUUUCGAACCAUCCCCAAAAUCGAAGAGAUGGUGCUCUGGAGCGGGCUCCACGAGGCCAUGUUCUCCUCAGAUGCUGAUUCGAUCCCGCAGCUGGAACCAUCCAGUCUGUGGAAGACCACACAGCAGCUCCCAGACGCUGCCCUGGCACAGAGUACAGAGUACGGCGAAGCUGGUCGUCCCACCCAGGUCUCAGAGCCCGUCCAACCCCCCCAGCUCCUGCAGACCGCCUGGCAAUACGAGGCCCAACAGCUCCCGCCGGAGGAGGAGUCUACCCUCGAAGUUUCAGUCGGCGAUGCCCAGAAGCCAGGCCAACGUCCGGCCCUCAGGCCUGCGCUCAUGCCCCAGCUUGGGUCUGCACCUCAGCCUGAACCUGAGUCCGCACCUGGCCCCACACCUGAGUCCGCACCUGGGCGCACACCUAAGUCCGCACCAGGGCGCACACCUGAGUCCGCACCAGGGCGCACACCUAAGUUUGCACCUGGGCCCACACCUGAGUCCGCACCAGGGCGCACACCUGAGUCCGCACCAGGGCGCACACCUAAGUUUGCACCUGGGCCCACACCUGAGUCCGCACCUGGGCGCACACCUGAGUCCGCACCAGGGCGCACACCUAAGUUUGCACCUGGGCCCACACCUGAGUCCGCACCUGGGCGCACACCUGAGUCCGCACCUGGGCGCACACCUGAGUACGCACCUGGGCGCACACCUGAGUCCGCACCUGGGCGCACACCUGAGUCCGCACCUGGGCGCACACCUGAGUCCGCACCUGGGCGCACACCUGAGUACGCACCAGGGCGCACACCUGAGUACGCAACUGGGCGCACACCUGAGUACGCAACUGGGCGCACACCUGAGUCCGCAAUUGGGCCCACACCUGAGUCCGCAACUGGGCGCACACCUGAGUCCGCACCUGGCCCCACACCUGAGUCCGCACCUGGGCGCACACCUGAGUCCGCAACUGGGCGCACACCUGAGUCCGCACCUGGGCCCACACCUGAGUCCGCACCUGGGCGCACACCUGAGUCCGCAACUGGGCGCACACCUGAGUUCGCACCUGGGCCCACACCUGAGUCCGCACCUGGGCCCACACCUGAGUCCGCAACUGGGCGCACACCUGAGUCCGCAACUGGGCGCACACCUGAGUCCGAAACUGGGCGCACACCUGAGUCCGCACCUGGGCGCACACCUGAGUCCGCACCUGGGCCCACACCUGAGUCCGCACCUGGGCACACACCUGAGUCCGCACCUGGGCCCACACCUGGUCUUGCACCAGGGCUGCCGUCUGAGCCCAUGGCCUGGCUGGGGCCUGUGGUGGGGCCCGGUGGGAUGCCUGGGUUCAUGACAGCACCUUGGGCUGCCCAAGGUGCCCAGCUCCUGCCAGCUGGAGUCUGGCCUAUGCCACCAGGAGUCUGGCCUGUUCCUGAAGGUGGCCCCAGGCCUGGCACAGAGGCUUCCUUGGGCUUACCCUUUCAGCAUCCUGCUCAGACUCAGGGCCCCACCGCCUCCAGGGCCCCACCGCCUGCCACCGAGCUGGGCUCAGCAUGGCCUCCUCCGCUGCAGCCAUUCCAGCCCUACGGGGCAGAUGCCCAGCAGCUCCCGGCUGUGGAGGAAAGGAGGGAGGAAACUGAUGCAUCCUUCCGGAGAAUGUCUCAGGAUGGGAUCCCCAAGGAGGAAGCCCCAAAGCAUAGGAAGGCAAAGGACAGAGCCCACAAGGACGCGGCCCGGAAGGACAGGGCCCCCAAGGAUGGGGCCCCAAGGGAAGCACAGCCUCAGGAUGCCCUGCCUUCCAUUCAGCGGAUGAAAACCACCUCGGCCUUCGCCGCUGCCGCCGCUGCAGCCUACGCAGCCAGCGCCCGCUCAGCAGCCCAGGCAGCCACGGCCGCUGCCAAGGUGGUCAAGGAUGCCCCUGCCACCAAAAUGGCCAGCGUAGCAACAUCCAUGGCCACAUCUGGGCCCUUCGGGCUCUCUUCAGAUGUCCUGGGUGCAGGGCCUUCCCGGGGGGCCCUCAUUGAUGAGAAGGAAGAGUUGGAAGAGGAGCUGGAAGAGGUGCAGGCAGACUACGAUAACUUCUCUCCGCCCUACUAUCCUGUCAUCACUCCCGAGGCCACUGUGUCCCAGGCCAUGGUGACGGCUAUGAUAGCAGCCAAGGAGGCCGCGAGCCCUGAGGAAAAGAAGAAAGCCGUCAAGUACUCCAUGAACUACAUAGCCCAGAUCCCUAUUCAACACGACUCCCUGAAAGAGGAGAUUGCCCAGCUGUCAUCCAGCCUAAACCAGCGCCUGACUUUUCUAGCCAACAUGGGAAGCACUGCCGGGCUCGGGACCACGGUGGACAUACUGCAGGAAAAGCUGAACAACCUCCAGAAGGCCAGGCUACAGGAGGAGGAACUUGAGAGAGUUUGGGGCCACCAGAUAGAGAUGAUAAAGGACCACUACCUCGUGCUGGACAGGGCGGUGGAGAGGCUGGAGUCUCGCCUGGACGAGUUCAAGUUACUCCAGGGGCAAAUCAGAGCACUGGAGAUGAACAUGGCGACCAAGAGCAUGAUAGAGCAGGAGCUGAAAGAGAAAGCCGACAGGGGCGCCGUGGCGAGCAAGGCGAACCGGGCCGACCUGGAGACCGUGGCGACCGAGCUGAACGAGAUGGUUCAGGGCAUGCUCCUCAAGGUCUCGGCCCACGAGCACAACUGGAAGAAGACUAUGGAGCGGCUCAAGAAGGACGUGAGCACCAAGCUAGUCCACAGUGACCUGGACUCUCUGAAGAAAGACUUGGAAGAGGUCUGGAAAAUUCUCCAGAAGCUGCUGGUUGAGGUCUUCCGAUUCGACCCUGACGGCGCCGCCGGCUUCAGGAAGAAGCUCUUUGAGCGGGUGAAGUGCAUUUCCUGCGACCGGUCCGUGGAGAUGAUGACCAGCCCACAGCUGAUCACCAUCCGCCAGGCCCACCUGCUGUCGCGGCUGCGCCCCGUCAGCGCCAACAGCUACGAGUACCUGCAGCGGCAGGAGAUGAGGGAACAGCAGCGGCUGCAGUUCCGGGACCUUAGAAUCCAGGAGGGCCUGGACUCCCGCCAGCAGAACUGGGGAGACGGCCCCCGAGACGACGCCAACCCGAAGCACAAGUCGCACAACCUGUCGACCCUCUACCCCUACGGGGACCCCGACAUGAUGGAUUAUGACAGCGCCGAGGUGGACAUCCUGGGAGUGGACGGCAUCCUGUACAAAGGCCGAAUGAGCCAGGUUGCGGCUCAGUCCUCGGGCGGCGUGGACACGGAGCUGGCAGCUGUGAAGGUCCCGUGCCCCCCAUCUCGAAGCCUGUAUGACCGCGUGAGCUCUGGUGCCUUGUUUGGUUCCAUCUACUCCCCCAUGUGCACCCGCACCAGCACCUACUCAGAUGCCUUGGGCUCUCACAUGACCAUGCCAGCUCGGCCGCCCUCCCUGCCGCCUCUGCCGCUGCUGCCACCGCUGGUCCCACACCCGAGGGACCCCCAGCAACCCCCAGGGCCUGCCAGGCCCUUGAGACCCCUGCGCCUCGAAUCCCGAGCCAGCAAACAUCUCCCCGAGGAGCCUGUCAACCCCUGAGCUGCCACCCUGUGCUCCACCGCCAGGCCCCUCUGUGCUCGCGGCUGAGACCUGGGUGUCUGUGCCUGGCCCAGGACAGGGUGGGGGCCCUGGGCAUAGGGAGGGGUCUGCAUAAGGGACAUCCCAUGUUGACCCAUGGCUGUUUUUACUCUGUGUGUAUAAAUACAAACAAUACAGGCCUCCUUAUUCUGCA